AUGAUGAACAGGCCCCGAAGGUGGCUCUACAAACCCAAGAGCUCUGAUCCUCAGCUUCUGGCUCAGUUCUACUAUGCAGAUGAAGAGUUAAACCAAGUUGCUGGGGAAUUGGACAGCCUGGAUGGCAUGGACGAAUGCAUCCUCCGGGAGUGAGCCAACAGGGACUUCUGUGUCAAGUUCCCGGAGGAGAUCCGGCACAACCACCUGGCCGGACAGCUCUGGUUUGUAGCAGGGUGCCUGGCGGCUGGCUCCAGCAUCGUGAAUUGUGAAAUUGAAAGCAUGGCCAUGCGGCCCCUCGCCAAGGACCUGACCCGGAGCUUGGAGGAAGUCAGGAACAUCGUUCGGGACCAAGCCCUCAGGGACCUGAACCUUUACAUGGAGAAAAUGAAAGAGUCCCUGAAGCACUUCGAUGUCCUCUUUGCUGAGUUUGAACUAAGUUACUUCUCAGCUAUGGUACCCGUCAAGUCUCCAAAAGAAUAUUAUGUGCAGCAAGAGGUAAUCGUGCUUUUUUGUGAGACAGUAGAGAGGGCCCUAAAGCUUGGAUACCUGACCCAAGACAUGGUUGAUGACUACGAGCCAGCGCUAAUGUUUACGAUCCCCAGACUAGCCAUCAUCUGUGGGCUUGUUGUGUACUCAGAGGGGCCUUUGAACCUGGACCAUAAACCCGAAGAUGUGUCUCAGCUGUUUCGACCCUUCCACACCUUGUUAAGAAAAAUAAGGGGGUACUGCCUCCUGUGCCAUGGCUUCAAAUGUGCCCUUACCCCUCCGCUGGACUGA